GCGCAGCGGCCGCCAGGUACUCCCUGUCGGUCCCUGCGUGGGAGACGCCCACUGCGCGCUGACGUGCGUCCUGCAGGACUUCUAUUAAAGUUUUUCCAAUCCAAUGUUCUCCGUAUUUGGUCACGUGUGCAAGUGGCCGCCAGUCUUGCUUCGCAUGCUUUUUCACGCACGCUUUCUGCGCCGCACUAAAUGGAUGAAUAAAUGACGCAUACCACACAGUUUACACGGCAACGAAAAAAAAAAAAAAGGGAGGCGUAAAGCUCCACGCGGCGAAAGAACAGCCAAAACUACACAAAUAUGAAAUCGGCUUGUUUUAGCUCGCGAGCGCCUCUUCAUAUGGCUCCACAUUGGUAACGUUAUUUUUAUUCCAUAUUCGAUGAAAGUUUAUUCGGCAGAAAUAUUAGAGCUGGACGUAGGCAGCAUCGUCUUUUACUUCUUUUUUUUUUCCAGCGUAAUUGGCGCGCCUGGUGUUGAGGGCGAAACACAAUUCGCUACUGCGGCGCCAUCACUGGCAGGGACGGCAAACCGUUCCUGGAACAGGGAGCUUGCCGCAGAUAUUUAGCGCUGCCUUCUGCGUGCGGUGACGUGCCGUGCUCCGCCCCCGGCUCCCGUCGCCGCUAAAACGCCCUGGAUAUGGAGGCAUACAGGUUCAUGCAGUUUGCCGAAGAGCAGUUCGGGGACGACGUGGAGUUGCUCGAGAGGGCCGCCGAUGUCACCCGCAAUGCGUUUCAGUUGCCUUCACUGCUCGACCCGUGCACACAACAAAACGAAGGAGGUUCCCGCUGCUGGAUGGUGACGCAAGCGGAAGAGUUGAACAAGUUCCUGAACCCGUUCGGCAUGGAGUGCAACGAACUGCAGGAAGGCAGCCUGGACUUCGCGAUGGCCCACAACGAUGCCGUGGCUCCCGACGACCCCAAAGCUGUGGUCCUCUUCUUGUUCACGCUGUGGUUUCUGCGCGAGCACCGAUGUUUCUCCGGCGUCAGCCUGCACGUGUCGGUGCUGCAGCGCUUCCGGCCGGUGCAGUUCCUGCGGCACGUCACGUUCGCCAAGCGGGUCGCCACGGUCCACCUGGUCGGCGUCGAGGGAAUCGAGCUCCCGUUCGACGUGUGCCCCCUGCUUGUGGCGCUCGAGCAAACGGAGCUGCUGACGCACGUGACCCUCGACAGGGUAACACUGAUGGAAGCUGAGGGCAACUGUCUCUCUUCCGUCGUGGUUGCCAACCACGGACUCGAGUGUUUGGCCCUUCGGAACGUGACCAUGAAAGACUCCGUCUUGGCCAGACUCGCGCAGGAGUUCAAGGAGCACCGCAGACCGCGAGAGUUUGAGUUGCGAGGAAGAAUACGUAACAGUGCGGCGCGCGCUGUUACGGUCUCGAGGCUGUUGGACACCUCCUUGCAAAUUCUCCGCUUGGAAAUCGCGUGUGACCUCUCCCAGCUGUUCGAGAAACUCAAGGACAACGCGCAGCUGGUGGAGCUCGAGCUAGGGCGCUGUUGCCCGGUCGGCGUCUAUCUGGACACACUGGCUUCUGCACUAGCCCAAAACAUGACGCUGCGACUCCUCACUCUCAGCCUCGACAUGACGUGGAUGUCGCGCAGAAGUUGCUCCUGGAGCCACCUGGGAGCCGUGCUUGAGAACAGCCGCUGGCUGGAAAAUUUGUGCCUCCGUGAUUCGCGUCUUGGAAUGGACGCUGUGCUCCCGUUAAGCGAGGCCAUGGAACGCAACGAGAAUCUCCAGACGCUGAACCUGAAGCGUUGUGGGUUCACCUGCGCCGACGCCCUCCUCUUUCUGAGGGCCCUUUCACGAAACGCAUCCACUUGUAUGAAGGUGAAACUAGGCGUCCUAACGGGAAAGGAGGGCGAACAGAUCGAGCUUCUCCGAGAGAUCCGGACUAGUGGACUGGAGGAUCGCGUUCACUGGGUUUUCACGUCCUCUCGGGCAGAGACGAUCACCUUGGCUUUGCAAAAGGGCAUACUGUUUCCUCAGCUAGAGUUCCACUGCCCAGCCACGGGAAAGGUUGGGAAUGUGUUCCGGGGUCUUAUGAACAUCCAGGACCUGCUGACGACUCUGUACCUCGAAGGAUUCCACUUCUGUAACCACAAAAACGCUAGAAAGCUUGCGCGGUUCUUUCGAGAAAGUGUAUUUCUCCGGAAACUCAAGCUGGGCAUAGUUGCCACCGCCGGUACCGGCUUGCUUCUUCUUCAAGGACUGGAGCGCUCCAAAUCCAUCAGUUCACUGAAACUGAUUGUGACCUGCUCGCAAGAAGCCACGGCGCGAGGGUUCGAAAGCUUUUUGCGGAGGAACUCGAGUGUCGUAAAGCUGACUAUUGUCAAGGAAGAGAAAACACAGGAUACAGUCUUGGUGCGCCGUCUCCGACGUGGCCUAAUGAAAAACUACAGUCUGCGCGAGCUAAGGCUCUUCUGCUGCCACGGACAAGUGCAAUUGCACGACUCGGCGAUUUCACGGUCGCUGCACAUCAAUAGCAUUGCGGCGGCGUGCGCCGCCAAAUUAGUGGCGGACAAGGAGCUCACGAGAGCGACCAUGUUGGCGUUGACGCUGAUCAUGGAUUGUGACGCGGGCCCGGGCAUCCUCUGCAAGGGCAUGGACUGCGAGAAAGGCGUUUUCGUAGCGAAGCUGAAGGACGCCCUCAGGACAGCCGAGGACGAGCUGUUUGGCCUCGCCUGCCUCUACAAGUCAGCGGCAGUAAGUGACGGACAGGGAGCGAGUGGCUGCCAAUUCUCAGCCCUCAGUGACGCAGUUCGUGCAGAAAUACAAAAGUGCUUGCACAGCAUGUGUGUUCCGAUUGACAUGUCGCCCUUCGGCCAUUUUUGAUGCACCUGCACCCUUUUAGUUCAUCAAGCACAUUGCACUGAAUACUGUUCUUAAACGCAGUGACCCUCAUGAUUUUUUUUUACUUUGCAUCAUUGUGCUUGCUAUCAUAAGUUCAUUGUCUUUAGCGAUUUUAUGACGCGUUUUAAAAUGACAUUGCGCAUUUCAAAUUGUCAAUAAAGAAACCAUGUCACAUA